AUGUCAUUCGAUUUUAAUUACAAAAUUUGGGUGUCUGCGAAACAUAAUAUUGACCAUUUAAUAAAACGCCAAAAUGUAUUGAAAAAGAGAGAUGCAAUCGUUGAACCUGUCACAUCGUUCAGAAUACUAUCUGAACUAUAUAUUUUAUAUGUGGAAUUGGCUCACAAAUUAAGCUAUUUGUACCGUAAAACUCUUCAAGUGCAGAAACGUAAUGUGAUCAAAGAACUAGUGGAUCCCGUAAUGCGCACUCUUAGGAUGCUAAAAAGCGAACUAUGUAAUAUUGAACUCAGUGAAUAUGUGUAUAUGGAUAGAAUUCUUGUUGCUCGUAAACUUUUACCUUAUAAUUUAUAUAUUUGGCGUUCGCCCGACUUUUUGCAAAAGAGGCCCCUGUCGUAUCAAAAUCUCAUUUAUAACAAUAAUAUAUGUAUUGAUGAACACAAAAACGAGUGCAGAUUGAACGAGGAAAAAUCACAUCUGGUUAAUUGUGUUACAUUACUACAAGCGCACGAGAGAGCGAGACGUUCACGAUAUAUGAGAGGUUCUAUUACGUACAGCAAAACUAAGUUUAAAUGCAAAAAAUUUCCAUAUAGAUUUUCUCACAAAAAAGGCCAAAGCUUGAGUAUCCCCAUAAAAAGGACUACAUUCAACGCAUUUAUGGUAAAAGACUCCAACAGUUGUCAGGACAUUCUGAAAGAUAAAUUAUGUGAAAGAAAUAAUAUUGAUGGUUCUGAACAAUUAAUUAUAAAUAAAAUAAUGGAAAACGCUGCUAUGUGUAUUCAGUCGGCUUGGAGGAUGUACACUGCGAAAAAAAUAAAUGCAAAAAAUGGUUUGUUUCAAAAACGUUUGUAUGGAAUGGUAGGAACUAGACGCCUAAUUGCUGCCCAUCAGCACACACAAUCUAUUAUGGAGUUUUAUAAAGAGGAUUUAAUGAAACAAAUGAUGAAUUCGAAAUUUGAGAUGCUGAUUAUUGAUGAACGCACAAGAUUGCUACAAGAAAGAGCUCCAAAUAUCAUGGAAGAUAUUUCUGAUCACAUUAGGGCAUGGUUUAGGGACUUUUACGAUAAAACUGGAGAUUUUCACCCAUAUCCUGAAGCAGCUAAAAACGGAACCGUAUUGGUUCUAUUAGAUGAAAGUAUGAACUUGGAAGAAUUCAAAGAAUUUCAAAAUUUGCAAGGCAUGUCUAAAGAGGAGAAGAAAGCAAGAGCAGAAAAGGAAAAACAAAAGAGAUUGCUGCAAAAGGCAAACAUGAAGAAACAGAAACUAAAGGAAGCAAAGAGGCGAAAAAAAUUAAAAGACUCUGGGGUAUAUGAUAUCGCCUAUCAAUUAACGUCUAACAAAGACAUUGAUACAUUUGACAAAAUCUUCCAAAAGUAUUCAAUCGAAUGGAGAAACGUAGACGAAUAUUUAAACAAAAAUUAUGAAGCAAUUUCCGAGUGGGUCACCCAAAACGAACUCGUCAGAAUUCACAAGGAUUUGAGAAAUCUUGUCGAUGAGUACAUGAGACUGGAAUAUGAAUUAUUAAAAAAGUCUCGGUGUGAAGACAAUAAAGAGAAAUAUAAGCCUUCAAAAGACAAGAAAGCUAAGUCCAAAAUACAAAAGAAAAGAAGAAAAAUACUGGAUCCCACAGAAAGCCGAACAAUUGAAUCAAUGUUCCAAGAACUACGAGAAACGGGUAUUAUAGAAGAACAUAAAAAAACCUCAUUUGGAGAUUUCGUAGGCGACUUCAAUUUUAUUGCAGAUGACACCAGAGAUGAAAAUAAUAUUGUGACAAUCGGGCACGAACUUGCUGAUAUGAAAGCUGUUAUUGAAGAAUGUUUACUGGGUUACGGGGCCUUCGUGGUGGAUAAACCAAAAUCAAUUUGCAUUAUAGGUCCUGCUAACAGCGGCAAGCGGCUCAUGUGCAAUAUAAUUGCAACGGAAUUGGAUGCAGUUCUUCUCAAUUUGAGUCCAGAAAAGACAUAUCAAUUUGCCGACAACGUCGACUACUUUGUUCAAAUGGUUAUGAAAGUAGCAAAGGUAUUUCAGCCUAGUAUUAUUUUCAUUAAUGAUGUUCAUCGAUUAUUCUGGAAGAAAAUCCCAAAAGAUGAAAUUGACAAAUGCCCUACAUUACUUCAGAGUUCCAUUACUAAAAAAAUUCUUAAAACAAUUAAGAAAGAUGAUAAAAUUAUGCUUUUGGGUACAAGUGACGCACCAUGGAGCGCCAAGUCUAAGUUUAAAAAGGUAUUUCAAAAAAUAAUUCUAGUGCCAAAAUCGGGAUAUGGAUCAAUAUUUCUGUUAUGGAUGAACCAAAUGUCGCAAUUAAUUACUGAAGACUCAUAUGAAGAUUACAUAAUAUCUGCAUUAACAAAAGUGCUUCGAUCAUACAAUACUGGAGAAAUAGUUCAAAAUGCCCAAAAUACCUUGAACUUGAAAAGACGCAUGAGAUUGUCACGAAAUGCACUUGAUCCAAUGGAAUUCUUAAAUUUCUUUAUGCAAAGGCCCGAACCAUUGUUUCCUCCUCAAGAAAAGAUUAUUGCUAAAUUCGAAAAGUGGUACAAUAAAACGAACACAUACAGCAAAUCGAGAGCGGCAUUUGUCUUAAAAAACCAAAUGAAAAAAGAUAAAAAAUAG